AUGGAAGAACUUCAACAACUUUUCGAAGCGACACUCAACCCCAUGGAUCCUUCAGUUGCGGACACCGCGGAAGCGGUUUAUAUUUCUUCUUUAUCUUUGCUUAAGAUGUUAAAACAUGGACGCAGCGGUGUACCCAUGGAAGUUAUGGGAUUGAUGCUUGGUGAAUUUGUGGAUGAAUAUACCGUAAGCGUAAUCGACGUGUUUGCUAUGCCACAAAGUGGUACAGGCGUAUCCGUAGAAGCGAUCGAUCACGUUUACCAAACAAGAAUGUUGGACUUGCUGAAGCAAACUGGACGAUCCGAAAUGGUAGUUGGGUGGUAUCACUCUCACCCUGGAUUUGGAUGUUGGUUGUCUGGUGUAGAUAUAGAAACACAAAGGAGUUUUCAGUCAUUGAAUAAGAGGGCUGUGGCUAUAGUGAUUGAUCCUAUACAGUCUGUCAAGGGCAAAGUAGUUAUUGAUGCUUUCCGUCUUAUAGAUCAACGCUUUUAUUUGAAUGGUCAAGAGCCACUUCAAAGCACAUCCAAUGUCGGACAACUUAAAAAACCAAGUAUUCAAACUUUGGUCAAUGGGUUGAAUAAAUAUUAUUAUUCAAUCAUAAUUAAUUAUCGAAAGAAUGAAUUGGAACAGGCAAUGUUGCUCAAUCUGCACAAAAAAAAUUGGACAAAUGUAUUGACACUGCCAGAUUUUACGGAACACACCAAAAUCAAUGAAGAGAGUGUCAAUUCGAUGGUUACAUUGGCAGGAUCAUAUAAUAAAUCGGUGCAAGAGGAAUCAACCAUGAUGCCUGAACAAUUGAAAUUACGACAUAUUGGAAAACAGGAUCCAAAACGUCAUUUGGAGGAAAGUGUGAAUGUGGCCAUCGAAUCAAUAGCGACCUUACGUAGUAACUUAGUUUUGGUCUCAACUCCAACUCCUAGACCCUUGUUAUUUAAUUACGCGACUUUUGUAAAAUUUCUUUCGUUUACUGACAUCAAAGAUAAAGUUAGAGGGUUCCUUUUAAACCAAAACGUUACCGCCUCAUGUGCACGUAAAUUAUUAACGCUCGAAGUAUUGGUUAUGUUGUUGGGUCAAAGUACUUUAAAAAAAUUGAACGCGAACACCAAAUGCAUUCCUAGUAUCGAAUUCACCACUUAUCCUAGAGAUUGUUUGAGAGACCUUACGGAAAUUAGCUGUCGCUCAGAUAUUUGCUCAGAUUUCCUGGAUCAGGUGUCCCAAUUAUGUCAAACCAUACGAUCAAUGGACGUCAAGCUUGAAUUAAAAGUAUCGGAUGGAAUUAAAAAGCUGAUAUCGGUUCAGAAAAAUUUGAAGUUCUUUAGAAUAGUCUUCUUACAUCGUGAAAGUUUGGAAGAAUUAAUCCCCUCAUUGACAAAGCAUUCAUCCACUUUAAUCAAAUUGGAAAUCGACACCUUUCAAAUCACAAAGUCAUUAUUGUUCCUCGCCGAUUUCUUAAAUUUGCAAGAGCUCGUCCUACAAUACUAUUGCGAUUAUUUAGAAGAUUUCAAAACGUUACAACAUGUUACCUUUCCAAAGUUGAAAAGUUUGAAAUUCAAAAGAGGUGUACCAAAAUAUGAAUAUUUGAUAAAUUUCUUGGAGUUGAAUGGCAAACGGCUGGAAACGCUCGAUAUCGAUUGUUAUGGUCAUAAUUCGUUAAAUUUGGCUAUAGCAAAUUUUUGCCAAAAUCUGAGGUCGUUAAGUACCAUCUUUAUGAAAGAAGAAGGGAUAACUCUUAAAUCAAUUUUAGUUAAUUGUCAAAAUUUGCAAAGCGUUCACCUUAGGUCCAAUGAUCGUUAUUUGGACGUGAGUGAGAUUUUUGAGAUCGUCGUAAAGCAUUCCUCCAAAACUUUCACCGAGUUGAAAUUGGAUUUUGGAAUAAUUUCGGAAUUAUCUCCAAAGGAAUUAGAUAUCUUUUUUUCCAAUUGUUAUGAAGAUUAUGACAUCUACUUUCAUGGGGGAAGUGAAAGUGAUGAUUAUUUUAUGGACGAAGGUGAUGAUGUAGAGGAUAAUGACAUUGUUGAUGGUGACGGUGACGGUGAUGAUGAGAAUGUUGCCGAUGGUAGCGGCGAUGACAGUGAAGAUGAACAUUUGUAUGUUACGUUUUAUAGAAGAACCACUAGAUUAUAG